AUGAGCAGCCAUUUAUUAAUUGAUCUUCCUACAGGUUGGCAUGUUGACCAAGCUAUUGUCACCGAAAAAGAACGACUAGUAGUGAUACGAUUUGGGAAAGAGAAUGAUCGUCAAUGUGUUUUAAUGGAUGAAUUAUUAUACUCUAUCAGUGGUAAAGUAAGAAAUUUUGCAACGAUAUAUACUUGUGAUAUAACACGGGUACCAGAUUUUAAUGAGAUGUAUGAAUUAACAGAUCCAAUGUGUAUAAUGUUUUUCUAUGGGAAUAAACAUAUGAUGUGUGAUUUUGGGACAGGAAAUAAUAAUAAGAUGAAUUUUGUCAUUGAUGAUGACCAAGAGAUGAUAGAUAUUCUAGAAACAAUAUUUCGUGGAGCAAGAAAGAACAAGGGGUUAGUAGUUUCACCUUAUGAUUACAACGAUAAACGUGUCGAAGAUUGA